CUCUCUCCCUCCGUGGGGUUUGGCCGUGUAAGAUAAGAGGGCAGCCAACAAGAAGCAAAACACUGAAACAAAAGCAAAAAAGAGCUGUGAGACAGUGAUGGCUCACGGUGCUUACAGCAAGCGGCGCGUGAGCGCAACGCGUCGAUCCAACUCCAAGCCUCUGGGCAUCGCCAAGAAGCCCAAGCCCAAGCCCAAGUCCUCCGUUUCCCUCAAAAACCAGAUUCGAUCCCUUGAGCGCAUGCUCCGCAAGAAUCUGCCUCCCGAGGUGCGAGACGCGCAGGAACAGAAGUUGGAGGCGCUGAAGAAGCAGCAGGAGAUUCACACUCGCCUCGCCGCCGAACGCAAGAUAUUCUUACGCGACCGAAAGAUCAAGUUCUUCGAGAGGAGGAAAAUCGAAAGACGAAUCAGACGCCUCGAGAAACUGCACCGUGCUUCUUCUUCCUCUUCUUCCGCUGCCCAGCCUUACCCUGACCAGCUUUCCGCUCUCAAAAAGGAUCUUCAAUAUGUCAUGUACUUUCCGAAGAAUGAGAAAUAUGUGCCUUUGUUUACCGGCGGUGAUGAUUCGGAGAUAGUUGACCGGAGAAACGGGCUGCGCAAACAGAUUGAAGAUAGGUUGGUUGCAGCUGCUGCAAGUGGCAAGGAUUUAGAAGAGACUGGCAGUGAGGAUGAUGGUCUUUUGGAUCUGAGUGAUGAUGAUUUUUUUCUUGCCGGGAGUUCUAGUGACGAAGCAGAUGCGGAUGAUGAAUGGACAGACAAAAGUGCAAGAGAGCAGGCUUCUAGUGCUUCUGGGAAAGGUGUGUCUGGCAUGUCCAGUGACGAAAAAAAUCAGAGGCAGAUUUCUGCUAGAGCUUUGAUGCCUCCUCCUCGUCCUUCAAACAUGAAGUUGUCAAGAUUUGGGUCUUCUUCUGGCCAUAAUUCAUCUGCGCAGAGAUCUGAGAUUUCCACAUCGAGCAACACAUCAAAUAGCAAAAGCAGCUCAGACUUCAAAGUAAGACCCUCAAGAUCAGGGACUGGUCAUGGUAGUAGUCUAAGCUCCAACUCUGAUGCUCACAAGCCUCGGAGGAAGAGAAGACCUAAGAAGAAAAAGAAGCAGGUGUAGGCAUGAUGGCUAAACUGAGCAGUAGAAUGAGCAAUUGGAUUUGUCGUAUUCAUUCGAGAUUCUUACGGUUGUCUUACCUGCUGGGAGUCAGUUUCACUGGUUGAUAUGAUGAUAUAUAUGUAUUGACUUGUUAGGUUAGAUCAAGAAUUCGUUACUGUAGAUCUUUUCUGCGGGCUCAUCAUAUUCAACCAUGGCUUACUGUAAAUUAUUUUGAAUUCUGAUUUAUUUUGUGGGAUAAUAUUCAACCUUUUCGGAGUACUCUCGCAUUGGCAUUCGGCAAAUCCUAUGUUUGGAACAAUUGGUGCGUGAGGAUCGAUACUAAAUUUUAGUUUAGGCUUAAAAUACGAUUUUUGUCAUAUUUUUUUAUAUUUUAA